CGGCGAGGGCAGCGCGGGAAGCGCCCAACAGCUCUCGCGCGCGCAGUCUGUGUGUGUGCGCGCCUUUCUCCACUGUGUGUGAUCGCUGACGGGAGUGUGUGCGCAUUUCUCCACUGUGUGUGUGUAUUUCUCCAGUGUGUGUGAGACCGCUGCGGGAGUGUGUGUGUGUUCUCCCGCUCCGGCGUGUGGAUGAGGUUAAUGCUGCUCUGCUGCACCUGGAAGGACGAACGCAUGGGAGAGGAGGAAGCUGGUGUGGGGUUGCCGGUGUGUUCGGGAUGUGGACAGCAGAUCUAUGAUGAUCAGUAUCUACAGGCGCUCAACAGCGACUGGCACACGCUCUGCUUCAGGUGCUGUGAGUGUGGAUCGUCUCUCUCGCACUGGUACUAUGAGAAGGACGGACGGCUCUUCUGUAAGAAGGACUACUGGGCUAAAUUCGGGGAGCUGUGCCAUGGCUGCUCUGAACCAAUCAGCACCGGCCUCAUCAUGGUCGCUGGAGAGCAGAAGUAUCACCCAGAAUGCUUCAGCUGUCUGAGCUGCGGAGCGUUCAUUGGUGACGGAGACACGUACGCUCUGGUGGAGAGAUCCAAACUCUACUGUGGCCACUGUUAUUACCGCAGCAUCGUGACUCCAGUCAGCCUGCCCGACUCGCCCUGCUCCAGGAUUCCUCACACCGUCACACUCGUCUCCAUUCCUGCAUCCACCGACGGCAAACGAGGAUUCUCCGUGUCCAUCGAUCAGGCCUCCAGUCCCAACGGAUACAGUCCUGAACACAAACACACCGUCAGAGUCUCACAGGUGUACCCAGACUGCAUCAGUCCGGAUGUCAAGAACUCUAUUCAUGUUGGUGAUCGCAUCCUGGAGAUCAAUGGAACGCCGAUCCAGAACGUUCCUCUGGACGAGAUCGAUCUGCUGAUCCAGGAGACCAGUCGUCUGCUGCAGUUGACCAUAGAGCACGAUCCCCAUGAUCAGGGCCCGUCUGUGGAUCAUGUGGAUGGGGGGCCGCCGCCGUCUGGAGGCCCAAGCCCCAUCACACGGCCACCCAGCCAGGACAUCAGCAACCUGCGCUCCCGCAUCAUCACGCGCAGUUACAGCAUCGACAAAUCCCCAAGCUCCAGCAGCGCUCCAUCUCCUAUGUCUCUGAAGAAGGACAUCGGCCGCUCUGAGUCUCUGCGCGGGGUCUCCAACCGCACACACCGCAUAUUCAGAGCCUCCGACCUGAUCCAUGGAGAGGUGCUGGGCACAGGCUGCUUCGGACAGGCCAUCAAGGUGACCCACAGAGAGACUGGUGAGGUGAUGGUGAUGAAGGAGCUCAUCCGCUUUGAUGAGGAGACACAGAGGACUUUCCUUAAAGAGGUGAAGGUGAUGCGCUGCCUGGAUCAUCCUAAUGUGCUGAAGUUCAUCGGCGUCCUCUACAAAGACAAAAGGCUGAACUUCAUCGCGGAGUACAUCAAAGGAGGAACACUGAGAGACAUCAUCAAGAACAUGGACAGUAAUUACCCGUGGAGGCAGAGAGUGAGCUUUGCUAAGGACAUCGCCUCUGGGAUGGCGUAUCUGCACUCCAUGAACAUCAUCCAUCGAGACCUGAACUCACACAACUGUCUGGUCAGAGAGAAUAAGAGUGUGGUGGUGGCAGACUUCGGGCUGGCUCGGCUGAUGGUGGAGGACCGCAGUGUGGAGCGCAGGAAAGCAGACCGCAGGAAGAGGUACACGGUGGUGGGAAACCCCUACUGGAUGGCCCCCGAGAUGAUCCACGGGAAGAGCUAUGAUGAGAAGGUGGACCUCUUCUCCUUCGGCAUCAUGCUGUGUGAGAUUAUCGGCCGUGUGAACGCUGACCCGGAUUAUCUACCGCGGGCGCUGGACUUCGGGCUGAACACCACGGUGUUUCUGGAGGAGCACUGUCCCGCUGACUGCCCCGCCGCAUUCUUCCCUAUAGCGGCACUCUGCUGCGACCUGGAUGCGGAGAAACGGCCUCCGUUCACCAAGUUGGAGUCGUGGUUGGAGAACCUGAAGAUGCACCUGGAGCUGGGUCUGCAUCUGGUGUCAGAGCUGGAGCUGCUCCAUCAGGACUUCAUGCAGAAACACACCAGCGGCGGCGGGAAAAACAGCCUGCACACACACCCGGAGCAGCCCGAGUAGAACACACACACACAUGACACUGACCGAAGAGAAGAGGAUAAGUCCAUCAGAUGUACACCACAGGACCGCCCGCUGGACCAGCGACACACACACACACACACACACACACACACACACACACACUCACACUCAGCAUCAGUAUCUCUUACUGUUCUGUGUGUGUGAGAUAUGAACACACUGCUCGUUCUGAUUUUCAUGUUUAGCUGCAGUACGUCACUGGUGUGUGUGUGUGUGUGUGUGUGUUUAGCUGCGGUACAUCACUGGUGUGUGUGUGUGUGUGUGUGUGUGUGUGUUUAGAUGCGGUACGUCCACACUGGUGUUCCACUGUAAAUAGAGCACACACUGUACCUGUGCAGACAUGACGAGCGUCAGGAGUGUGUGGAACUCGUCUACUGUACUUCUCUGAUAUAUAUUAAUGUGUGUGUGUGUGUGUGUGUGUGUGUGUGUGUGUGUGUGUGUGUGUAUGUGUGUGUGUGUGUGUGUGUGUGUGUGUGUGUGUGUGUGUGUGUGUGUAUGUGUGUGAGUGUGUCACAGAAAGAUAAUGAAGCCUAUUUUUUUACAGUGAUGAUUUAUUAUUUAAAUUGUAAAAUAAUCGUGUGUGUGUGUGUGUGUGUGUGUGUGUGUGUGUGUGUGUGUGUGUGCGCGCACGCUUCUGUCUCUCCUUAACACUGUUGUAAAUAUCCUACAGAAAGUGCUGGUCUUCCUCCUGGUGUGUGUGUGUGCACAUGUGUGUGUGUGGUUGUUCGUCCUCCGCUAUUGAUUUAGCAGUUCUCCUACUAAUGCUUUUCUGAAACACAGAGCAGGAUCUCACGUGUACAGAUGGACACACACACACACACUCACACACACUCUUCAACAGAGCCACUAUGAUUUGUUUUGCACUAUGUGAGGAAGCAGCCGCUGCUCCAGCCUUCAGUUCUCCUGUGUUUCGCUCAGAGAUGGAGGAGUGUGUUUACGCUGUGAACACGAGAGAGAGGUGUGUGUCCACCAGACGCCACUGUCCUGAGCAGCAGUGCAGCACUAAACACCUGAACACUGAUGAGGAUUGAUUCCCUUCACUGAAAUCAGGUCAAUAUGAGCUUAUUAACAAAACAACAGCGAUACUAGAGCCAUCCUGCAGGAACACUGGUACUCUAACCCUAUACUGAUCCUAAUGUCACUUUAGCCCCUCCCACUUAUCAUGAUUUAAUCUCAGCUCCUCCCACUGCUCAUGAUUUCAGCUUAGUUCCUCUUACUGCUCAUAAUUCAACCAUAGCUCCUCCCACUGCUCAUGAUUUGAUAAUUUCACAGAUUUAAUAAUAGCUCCUCCCACUACCCUUCAUUUGAUCAUAGCUCCUCCCACUGCUCAGUAUUUGACCAAAGUUCUUCCCAUUGCUCAUUUGACCGUAGCUCCUCCCACUGCUGAUUACUUCACCAUAGCUCCUCCCGAUGUUCAUGAUUUGACCGUAGCUCCUCCCACUACUCAUAAUUCAACCAUAGCUCCUCCCAUUGCUCAUUCAGCUGAGUUCCUCUUACUGCUCAUGAUUUGAUGAUUUCACUGAUUUAAUGAUGGCUCCUCCCACAGCCCAAUCAUUUGACCAUAGCUCCGCCCACUGCUCAUUAUUUGACCAAAGUUCUUCCCACUGCUCAUGAUUUGACCGUAGCUCCUCCCACUGCUACUUACUUCCCCAUAGCUCCUCCCAAUGUUCCCAUUCUUCAUGACUUGACCAUAGCUCCUCCCACUGCUCCUGAUUGGACCGUAGCUCCUCCACUGCUGACUGCUGUGCUGCUGGGGUGUGUCUCGUGGUCACUGUGCUGCCUGCUGAGGGUAGUGUGCUGUACGGUGAGCACUGUGGUGUUUAACUCAGGGUCUCCGUAUCCUCCAUGGCUUUACCUCUACAUUACUGCUGUGCCUUUGUGUUACGCUAGCCUUGCUAACCGCUGGACCAGCGCUCCUCACCGCUCGCCGCUCCUGCCCCGCCGCGCUCCAGAUCUCUGUGCUGGAGAUGUUGGAGAUGUUGGCUCUUUGUUUUGGGUCUGUGCUCUGCUGUAAUGUUUUGAACUGAAGCUGUGAAAAUGACUCUGCACUUUAAUGGUACUGGCCGAGAGCGUGGAUCCUUCAAGCAGGACACUGAAUAAAGCUGAUCUGCUGA